AAGUAAAAACUCCGGGGCUGGGUUUGAUUGCUUCCUGGUAGAGCUUAGCAAAGUUGCGCUGCUGUGCAAGAAAAGGGAGUUGAGGGGAAGAAAAUUGAAACAAACAUGGAAUAGGAUGAUACAAAGCGUCUGUGUGAGGAAAAACAACGAAGCCUCCAUUUUUAUAUAUAUAUAUAUAUAUAUAUUAGAUGACAUACAGUAGCUUUUGCAUUUAAAUAUGAAACUGAAAUCAUAGAAAGUGAAGAACAUCGAGGAACUUAGUUUUUGUGUUUUGUUGUUUUAUUGCUCGUUGACAGUUACACUAUACGAAAAGAGGCGAUAUGCUAAUUAACUAUUACCUAUGUUAAAUGUUUUAAUAAAGCAGGCAGUGUAUGAGUUAGACUAUAUUCAGUAGUACCCAGCGUGUGUCUUCCUUUUUUUUUUUGCCUGGUUACUUCCUGGUCUUGCAGAAAGAGGCAGUGCUGAGUUAGAGAGACAGAAAUAGAGAUAGAAAUAUUAUAGAGAUUGGACUGAGAGGAGCAUUAGGCUGGUUUCUAGGAGCAGCCCUGCUCUACUCUUUGUAUGUAUUUUUAGACCUAUUUUACCCAUUUUUUAUUUUUUAUUUAUAACGAAUAUAUUUAUUGGACAAUUUCUGCAUUUCCAAGCUCGUGGUUCGUGGAGAGGUUAAAACAAAAAUCAACCAGGAAGGUCUUUUCAGAAGCGACGGGGGACCCGUCGCAAGGAUUUUUUUUUUGACUUUUAAAAAACAAAAAAUAUAAUAUAGAUAUUUUAAAAUUAUUAUUUGUUUUAAUUAUAUUGGCUCUGUAAUUAAGUAAAACAGUGGAAGAUGGGUUGUUUAGGCAACAGCAAAACUGAAGAUCAGCGCAUCGACGAAAAAGCACAACGAGAAGCGAAUAAAAAAAUAGAAAAACAGUUACAGAAAGAAAGACAAGCUUACAAAGCCACACAUCGCCUUCUUUUAUUAGGGGCUGGUGAGUCUGGAAAAAGCACUAUUGUCAAACAGAUGAGGAUUCUGCACGUCAAUGGAUUUAAUGCAGAAGAAAAGAAACAGAAAAUCCAAGACAUUCGAAAAAAUGUGAAGGAUGCCAUAGUGACUAUAGUUUCAGCGAUGAGCACUUUAAUACCCCCAGUUCCAUUAGCCAACCCGGAGAACCAGUUCCGAAUGGACUACAUCAAAAGCAUAGCUCCGCUGUCAGACUUCGACUACACACAGGAAUUCUUUGAUCAUGCGAAGAAGCUGUGGGACGAUGAAGGAGUAAAGGCAUGUUUUGAGAGGUCGAAUGAAUACCAGCUCAUCGACUGUGCACAGUACUUUUUGGAUAGAAUUGACUCAGUGAGACAGAAUGACUACACACCCACAGACCAGGACCUGCUCCGAUGCAGAGUUUUGACAUCAGGGAUUUUUGAAACACGAUUUCAAGUAGACAAAGUAAAUUUCCACAUGUUUGAUGUGGGAGGACAGAGAGAUGAAAGGAGAAAAUGGAUCCAGUGCUUUAAUGAUGUCACUGCUAUUAUCUUUGUUGUAGCCAGUAGUAGCUACAACAUGGUGAUAAGGGAAGACAACAACACAAACAGGUUACGGGAAGCACUUGACCUCUUCAGGAGUAUCUGGAAUAACAGGUGGUUACGGACGAUUUCAGUCAUCUUGUUCCUGAAUAAACAGGACAUGCUUGCUGAGAAGGUGUUAGCAGGGAAAUCCAAAAUUGAAGAUUAUUUUCCUGAAUACACACGUUACACUGUACCAGAUGAUGCAACACCAGAGCCUGGCGAGGAUCCCAAAGUGACCAGAGCAAAAUUUUUUAUUCGGGAUGAAUUCCUUAGGAUCAGCACAGCAAGUGGUGACGGCAGGCACUACUGCUACCCUCAUUUCACAUGCGCAGUAGACACAGAAAACAUUCGCAGAGUGUUCAACGAUUGUCGAGACAUCAUUCAGAGAAUGCACCUGCGCCAAUAUGAACUGUUGUGAUUGGGAACAUCUUGGAACCUGUGGUUUUAAAUUCUUUGUUCCGCUCUCUAUAACUAGCCCACACAGGGUGGAAGAGUACUAUUGAAGUGUGUGUGUCAAAUCUUAUUUGUAUCUUUUUUUUUUGUUUUAUAAGCCAUUCUCGUCCCAGAACAACAGCCUUUUUUUCCGGGGGUGGGGGGGUGCUAAGUUACGUGUGCUUUAUUGUUGGUUUUUGAUACGCCUUCUUUUUUUCCCUCUCAUUCCACUAAGCCUUUGGCUACCUCCUGUUUUCCAUUUUCUUUUGGUUUUAUUUUCCUUUUUUAAUUGGACCUCAGCCUGCUGAUUUUAAAGCGGGUUAGUGUUAGUACAGUCCUGUGUCAUUCUCUGGGUGGCACGACAUUCAGACCUAUCCCUGUGUGGGUUUCUGUUUUUGUUUUCAACACUGAAGAGUACUUGAUGGUGAAAAAAAAAUGAUAUAAUGCACUUUGCAUCAGGUUACUAAAUACCGUUGAGGAAGUAUACACACAAUGUAGCAGCACCACAAUAUUUAUUACUCUGUCACAGUUUUUAGCGUUACGAGUUGCAGGUCGACUGAAAAAUAACUGACCUCCUCUUUUAAGCCGUCUAAAGGCACAGAAGUAGAGUAGAUAAAAGAGGCAUGGUAAAGACGAGAAGCAAUUUUUUCUGGUGUUUUUUGGGGCUAAAAGUCUCUGCACACCUCAGGCCUUUGAACAGCAGCUGCUUUUAGCCUAUUGUGUCUAGGAAGAAAACUACCACACUCACUAAUGUUAUUUGUUCUGUCCACAAAUGAUCCUUUUAGCUUAGAUCAUUCUUGGACAAUAGUCCUAUAAUAUAUUAUAUAUUUUUUUUGUUUGUUUGUUUUUUGUUCUACUGCUGGUUUAUUAUCCUGUACAGACUGUAAAAUGUAAUAUUAUUUUGUACAACUUUAUUGAAAAAAAAAAUACUUGUAGAAGAUCUUUGUGCCUUGAUUAUGGCUGUACCUGUAAAAUGAGCUAAGAUGUAAGUAUGUUUUUGAUUGCGCUGUACAGCUUGAUGUCAACCCUAUCUGCAGUUGUGACUGCAGGUAGGGACUUUAUCUGUAGAGUUUAGUUUUUUUCUGGUUUAUAAAAAAAAAAGGAAAUGCUCUUUAGUAAAAUCCUGUAUAAAUUAUGCAAAUUAACCACUUACCUACAGUGAUGACCAGAUGUUGCAGCAACAUGCCUUUUUUCUUUUUUUUGAUUCUCAGCUUUAAAACAUUGGAAUCCAUUCAAAUGUCCAAAUUGCAACCUGGUGUUGUUUUACUAAGAAACAACUUUUUCGAUAGAAAGUAUGAUUUGAAAAUGUAUAUAUAUAUAUAUAUAUAUAUAUAUAUAUAUAUAUAUACACAUAUAUACAUAUACAUACAUACAUACAUACACACACACACACACACACACACACACACACACACACAGUUUGGUAAUUCUUUGGUCAUUCAUAGACCUUCACAAUUGCAUAGGCAUAUUGUGAAUGUGUGAGCACCAUUAAGUAGGCUCUUCAAUCCUUGUACCAACAGCAGCUUUUAUUGUGCAAGUAAAUAGUAAGAGAAAAAAAUAAGGUGUAAACCCUUGUGUCUGACCUAAGAGAAUUACAAAAUGAUACUUUUAUUUCUCUUUUAAUAAAGAGGCACAUUAGAAAAGUUUGUUUUAUUUUAAAUGUAGAAUUGAGAUGUGUGACUAUUUCUCAGACUUGAAUAAUUUAUGCAAAUUAAGUUUCUCAGAACAAGUUGUGGUACAGUGCGAUUUUAAAGAAGAAAGAAAAGCAAAAAUUGCUUUAGCAAUAAGGCAUGUCCUUUUUAGUAACUAUUACACUGCUUUAUAUUUUAUACAUAGGUGUUAUAUGUCUCUGUGAGUAUCAUUUUCAUGUGUCCAAGAUAACCUGUACAAUUUGUACAAUGUUUAAAAUUACAGUUGCAAUAACAGAAA